AUGCAUCUCUCACCAUGUUUGGUCUUCAUUGCCGGCAUCACAGGCGUGCACGCCUUCUACCCAUGGGAGCUGCGGGUGGAACUGCGCGACAAUGACGACUCCCUUGAGCGUCGCUUUAUGCCAUGGAGCUUGAUCGAAGCGAAGACCGAUGACGAUAUCAAGCCUCCGACUCUCAACUUGAAGAAAAUCCCCGUCCGCCGCGACGAUGGCUACAAAAUCGUCGAAGCUUAUACGCCCUCAUUGGCGAACAGUGCACCGCUAGACCAGGAUGGAACAGACUACUCCUACUUCUCGUCUGUUCUGGUGGGUUCUCAAAAGCAAGAAAUGUGGAUGGCGCUUGAUACCGGUGCGCCCAAUACCUGGGUCUUUGACUCGGAUUGUACCGAGACGGUCUGCACCAGUCAUCACACUUUCGACACCUCCAAAUCAACCAGCUAUUCCACCGAUGGCUCAACGUUCAGCCUUGGCUACGGUAGUGGGAAUGUGAUCGGAAAGCUGGGAACUGAUUCCCUUUCGAUUGCGGGUCUUGAUGUUUCUCAGAAAUUCGGACUGGCAAAAAACGCCUCCAUGACCUUCAGAAAUUACCCAUUCGAUGGAAUCCUUGGCCUAGGUCGAUCGCACACGAAUGGAUGGAAUCUACCUUCGUUUAUGGAUCUUGUCGCUCAAAAGAAACUGCUCAAGUCAAACUUGGUCGGAUUCAGUCUUUCCCGGGCAGCAGACGAUGGCAAGGAUGGGGAGGUCAACUUUGGUGGUGUCGAUACAACAAAGUUCGAUGGAACCAUCUCUUACACUACCACCGACGCCGACAUUUGGAGCAUACCCGUGGAUGAUGCUUACGUGAAUGGCCAGAGUUGCAAGUUUGUUGGGAAAUCCGCCACCAUCGACACCGGUACCACUUAUCUCCUGAUUCCUCCAUCAGACGCUGCAACACUCUUUGCUCUAGUCCCCAAUGCCUCGAAACAGGCAAGCAAUUCCAACAACUACGUGCUUCCGUGCAACUCAACAGCAACCAUUGAAUUUGAGUUCUCAGGCGUCAAAUAUUCCAUCUCCCCCAAAGACUAUGUCGGAAGUACCGAAAAAGAUGGCUCGGACUACUGCAUCUCGACAAUUGUCAGCUACGCGUCCAACGGUGCAAACUGGCUCGUCGGUGACGUCUUCUUAAAAAACGUCUAUACCGUCUUCGAUUUCGACAACGGUCAAAUCGGCUUCGGCCAACUUGCCUCAGCCUCAAAAUCGUCCACCAACUCUUCCUCAACUACCACAUCUGCAGGAAAUGGCACAUUCACUGCACCACCAAUCACUGCCACCGGCGCCUCUGCUGCAAGCGCUACCGGUGCCGCAGCAGACCCCACAUCAUCCUCUGCCAUGGCCGCAGCCUCUGGCAGCUCCGCCUCGCACCUCACCCGCAGCAUUAGCUGGUCUAUGCUCCCAGUCAUCCUCGGUGCCUUCGUUAUCUAA